UGCGAAACUUUUGCAUCUGUACUGUCAGUCUCUGCGCGUCGUCCUCCAUUUCCUUCAUCUUGGUGUAGAAGAAGAAGAACAGAGCGACGGAGACGAGCUGAGACACGAUGUCUGUUGAUCAUCUGCCUGAAGUCAAACAGAUGCUUCUGACUACGCUGCAGAACUUGGGAUCGGAGGAUUUCGAGAUGUUCAAGUGGCACUUGCAAAACAACUCGUCAAUCAUAAGAAGCCACCUGGAAGGUGCAAAUAGGUUUAAGACAGUGGACCUGAUGGUGCAACACGAGCCACAGAAGGUGGUGGAUAUGACCAUCAGAUUUUUAAGGUCCAUCAACAGGAACGACCUGGCACUGAAUUUGUCUCAAGUCAACAUUGGGGAGUCUAAGAGAUAACGGGGUCGCCGCACCGCUUCCACGAAGCCACCGCUCGUGUUCCCACUCAUUUUCCCACCGUAUUAUUCCAGAUUUUAUCAAAUGUUUACACAAGUGCUUCAAGUCCUAGUCACCUAAUUGCACUAAUUUGUAAAUGGCUCGUAUGUCCUAACAUCUCGGUACGAUGAAUUCCCCCGUCUGUCCCCAUCAGUGCAACACUUUGUGAACAUUUCUUAAUAAAUAAUU